AUGUUGUAUUGUUAAUUUUAUUGGAGUUUAUGUUUAAUAGAUAUUUAGAACAAGAUUUAUACUCUAUCCAUGGUACCUAUCAUAGACAUAGAGUAACUUAUUAUUGGUAGGUUGUAGGUAGGUGGUUCAGGUCUUAAUAUUUUAAUUUAUUAUUUUUUAAUUCACAAGAAAACUAAUACCUAAUCAAAUCAGUCAGAGAAAGAGAAUAAAAGUAUUAUCUAUGCAUGAAAAUAUCGCUAAAGAAUUUUCAUGUCUGGUUUAUCAUAUUUGUGCGACUACGGAGAUUCCGAAGAAAGUGAUACUGAAAAUACAAAGCCCAAAAAGGUUAAAUUGCGUACACCUGAUUUGUCCGGAGUGGCAUUGAUUCCGAUUGAAAAUCAUGUUGAUGACCCUGAAUUACAUGAUGGGAGAUAUCGUACAUUUCCUCAUGUAAGGGGAAAUUGGGCUAGUUACGCAUAUUUUAAAUAUCCAAGGGAAACUAGUCUCCUAAACUUAAUAGACAAGCUUCAGGUAGCUCUAGCAUCAGUAGGCGAAGUAAGCCAUAAAUGUGACGAUCUGCAUAUAAGUAUUUCAAAAACAGUGGUCCUUAAGUAUCAUAUGAUAACAACAUUUACAGAGUCUUUAAGAGAAGCAUUUGCGAAAUUUGAAAGCUUUGAAUUGAGUUUUGAUUCCGUGGAUGUAUAUGUAAAUGAAGAUAAUUCAAGGACUUUCAUAGCUCUGAAGGCAGAUUUCUUUAGUAACAAAUUUUUAUUAAAAAGUACUCAAAUAGUUGAUGAAGUACUUGCUGCAUUUUCACUGCCAAAAUAUUAUGAUGAUCCAUCAUUUCAUAUGAGUAUAAUAUGGUUCAAUGGUGAUUGUAAACAAAAAAUAUUAGAACUAAUAGAGAAGCUAAAUAAAACUUUAUCUAAACAUACUGAAAAUAAUCGUGAAAUUGUUUUGAUACAUAAAGUGCAUUGCAAAAUUGGAAAUAAAUAUUUUCAGUUCCAAUUAGAUUGA